AUGGUUCUGGCAGAGGUUUCGCCGUCCGGGGACGGCGGGGUGGCCGUGGGGACGGACGCGGACGCGGAGAAGAUCGAGAAGUUGCUGCGAUCGGAGCGGGGCGGGACGCGUCUGACAGCUGUCGGCAUUGUCGACGAGAAGAUUGGUGACGUCGCUUUUGAGCUGGCAGAAGACAUCCCGUUCGCGGCGCUGGAGCAGCGCCUCCUCCACCCUGAUGGGUGGGAGGCGCUGGCGGGGACGCUGCUCGGGGAGCCCAGCGCGCGGGCUGGCUACCUCAUCAAGAGGGACCUCCUCAAGACCUGGUGGCAGGAUGCGACACCUGAGCAGCCUCCCACCAAGGCGGGCGCACCGACGCGCUCGGCGGGCGCCUCAGUAGUGGCGAGCUCGCAGCCGGCCACGAAACCGGCGGCGAUUCUGAGUGCCAAGUACGCCACCGAGCUCGAGGGGCAGGGACUCGACGAGCCGGGUGCGCUCGCCCUUAGCAUUACCCUAGAAAUCGGAGGGGUAGUGUCGGCAGAGGAGGCGUUGGCACUGGACGGGGCAAAGUACGGCACGUCGCCUGGCCUGGUCAGCAAGGUACGGAAGAUGCGGGAGGAUGGAGCAAGCCUUUGCCAGGCCCUCAAAGGCGGACGCCGCGCAGUGCUCGAGCACUGCCGCCGUCUGGAGCAGGACUACAUUGAACGGGGCAUGCAGACAGAGGCCUCGCUGAUGCUCAGCCUGCGGUCUGGACUCAUGGAGUUCAAUGACGAGAAGAUCCUCCUCACCUACUUCCAGCGGUACCUCCGCAAGUACUCCGGGCGCGGCCUGCCGAGCCUGCCCGUCGACAAGGAGCUCCGCGACGACGUCUUCCGCGAGCAGGAGAAGUCUACGGAGUCGCUCAAGAAGGAGAUCGAGGACAUCGGGAAGCGGCUCGCCAAGGCGGAGGCGGUGGCGGCAGAGGCCAAGGCCAAGGCGGCGGCGGCCGAGGAGGCGGCGAAGCGGACGGGCAAGUCCAACGUCAAGACCUGCUACUGGUGCGGCGAGGAGGGGCACGUCAAGCCUGAUUGCCCCGUCUUCAAAGCCGAUUUGCCGAAGGUCAAGAAGGGCAACUGA